GGGAAGAGUGGAGGUAGGUUGAGGUGCGCGGCCCAUGGCCGGAGAGCGGCGGCGGCUCGGUGCCGGCGCAGAAGAUGAGGCUGAACGAGGGCCGGCCGAGCCCCUUCCAGGCCCCCGUCAGCGUGCACGGCCCGCCGGGCCGCCAGCUCCACGUCUUCCCCGGCCGCAGCCCGCCCGGCUCGGAGGAGAGCUCGGAGGAGGAGCUCAGCGCCAUGGAGCUGCGGCCCCGCGGCAGGGAGCAGCAGCGGUGCGGCGCUCCUCGGGACAGGGCUGGGGACGUGGUGCUCCUGGAGCGGGAGGUCACGGAGGACGACAGCCUGAACAAGCUGGCCCUGCAGUACGGCUGUAAAGUGGCGGAUAUCAAACGCGUCAACAACUUCAUCAGGGAGCAGGACCUGUACGCGCUGAAGUCCAUCAAGAUCCCGGUGAAGCCCCACGGGCUGCUGACGGAGAGCAGCAGGGAGCUGAGGCCGGCCCCGGCCCCGCGCUGCCCCAGCGGCGUGACGCUCGUGGACCUUCCGGAGCCCGAGGCCGGUGCCGGCGGCUCUGAGGGCAGCCGCCUGAGCGACUACUUCAAGGGGAUCGACCAGAGCAUCCAGGAGGCCGUGCGGGCGGAGGUCCAGCUGAACGACGAGUACUGCGCAGAGGCGCUGGAGAGGCCGCUCUGUGAGUCGGGGAAGCGGGAGCCCAGCACUGGUGCAGACUGGGGGAUCCAGUGGUGGAACGCAGUGUUCAUUAUGCUCCUGAUAGGGAUUGUCCUGCCGGUAUUUUAUAUCAUCUAUUUUAAAACCCAAGAGAAUGGCCCGGCAGCCCAUACCUCCAACACAACACUAACCUCAAACAUCUCAGCAGAUGGAUUGGAAGGGAAACCACUACAAAGCUCAGAUGUAGAAAAAAAUCGGAACGGGGAGGUGCAGCCAAACACAGCCUCUCCUCCCAGCACUGAGGCCCAUAAGCCUGUGACUGUGCCACGAGUGCAAUCGGGGGGAUAACAGUACAGAGAUUUUUUUAUUAUUUUUUUAAAGUAGCUGACAUUGUAGUCCUGAACUGGACUGAACCUGAGGUGAUGUGAUUUUAUGGAAGAAUAAGAAUGCUUUGUCUGUAAAGAUCAACAGGCAGCUGGCUUAACACUUGUGAACUCUGUUGAGGGGAAGUAUUUUAAAGCAAUUACUCCUGUUUGCUGCAGGUAUUUCUUACGAAUGGCCUUGUUGAAGAAGCUGAGCCCUUUACUGCUGUGACACAGAGUGCAGAAUUAGUGUGACGGGAAAGCUGGCGGCUGUUUGUGUUGUAAGAAAAUAUUUUUUGCUUAGAAUAGAAGGGGGGACUCUUUCGC